UUGAUGAGACGUGUGUUAUCUUGUUAGCGAAAGAACUACAUUGCUAAUCUGUCAUUUCAAAAAGUGUACGUAUAUUUCUGCGAGUAAGACUGUGGCACUGGGGUGAAAGAGGAUCUACUGCAUCGGCGGCACCUUUCUGAUCGCAAGAAAAUGCAGAUCACUCUGAAAACACUGCAACAACAAACCAUUCAAAUUGACAUCGAUGAUGAUCAAACGGUGAAGGCACUGAAAGAAAAGAUAGAGGCAGAAAAAGGGAGAGAGAGUUUUCCAGUAUCUGGACAGAAGCUUAUUUAUGCUGGAAAAAUCUUGCAAGAUGACACACCCAUCAAGGAGUACAAAAUCGACGAGAAGAACUUUGUUGUUGUCAUGGUAUCAAAGACAAAACCUCCACCUGCAUCUCCUUCAGAGCCGCCCCCCAAGACCCCAACUGCUACAGCAUCCACCUCCUCUCCUUCCUGCCCCACCCCUGCUGCUGUCCCCAUUCCACCAGAUGACCCGCCAGCGACAGUCUCACCGACACAAAACCCUGAUGAAUCUGAUCCAACCACAGCCGCCUCAGGGGAAGAGGCUUCAUCGACACUGGUAACAGGUCCUGAAUAUGAGAAUAUGCUGACUCAGAUCAUGUCUAUGGGUUAUGAGAAGGAGAAAGUGGUGGCUGCACUGAAGGCCAGUUAUAAUAACCCUCACCGGGCUGUGGAGUACCUUCUCAACGGCAUUCCUACAGUACCAGUUCAGGAGACGAGUCCAGCUUCAGGACACCAGUCAAGUACAGAUUCACACACGGCAGAAGGUGAGAACCCUUUGGAGUUCCUGCGUUCCCAGCCUCAGUUCCAGAGUAUGAGACAGGUGAUCCAGCAGAACCCGUCCCUCCUGCCGGCUCUGCUGCAGCAGCUGGGCCGAGACAACCCGCAGCUCCUGCAGCAAAUCAGCCAGCACCAGGAACUCUUCAUCCAGAUGCUGAAUGCUCCUGCAGAGGGAGGAGGAGGAGGGGGAGGAGGAGAGGACCAGGAGGCUCCUAACCUGGGAGCCAUCGGCAAUGAGGAGGCGCCUGUGAACUACAUCCAGGUCACGCCGCAGGAGAAGGAGGCGAUUGAGAGGUUAAAAGCACUCGGGUUCCCAGAGGCCCUUGUCGUCCAGGCUUACUUUGCCUGUGAGAAGAACGAGAAUUUGGCUGCCAACUUCCUUCUCAAUCAAAACUUUGAGGACGAAUGAAAGGCAUGGAAAUGCCCUUUAGUGCCCUCCCCCCCUCCCCCCACACACAUGCGCUAUGUCCCACAAGUUUUCACCAUUAUUAAACAAAAAAAAAAAAAGAAAAAAUGGAAACAGAUAAAAAAAAAAUAUAUAUAUAAAGUUGAUAAGUAAAGGGGAAAAGAUUUAAAAAGAGGCGGGGGUGAGACGCCCUCUGUAGGGCGGAGCAGGGCCGGGAACAGGGAGGGGAAUGGGACAAAAUCAAAGUGUACACAGAUUCCAAUGGAAUUGCAGCAGUGGGGUUGAAUGGACUCAUGCAUGUUAGACUUAAAAGAAUAUUGCGUGUGUGUGUGUGUGUGUGUGUUUGGGUGUGCGUGUGCGUGUGUGUGCGUGUGCGUGUGUGUAUUUGGCAAAGGUCCCACACAGUCUUUGACAAACACCACACACAUUCAAAGCAAGAAUUCUUGUAUUGUGUUAUUGUUAACAUACGGGCUCUACAAAGGAACAAGAACAGGUUGUGUGUGUGUGUGUGUGUGUGUGUGUGUGUAUGAAAGUGUGUAUGUGGGCUUUGUUUUAGUGUUUGAAAAUCAUUAACAUAUGUUUAGGUAACAGAGAACUGAAUACCCCCAGUGUUGUCCUAUCCUAAUUUAUAGCACAAACGGAUGCUACAGUGAGAGUUCAGGUCUAAGCAUUUGCAAUUAACUGUCUCUACAGCUUUCUGUACAUCAGCAAUUUGCAUUUAUCAGUAACUGACAUAUCAAACGAAUGUCAAACAAAUCUGGGAGAACUUUGUGUAUCAGACGAAGUAUUUAUCUUGGGAUUCAUAUCUUUACACGCAAGUGUUAAAAACAAGACCGCUGAUCUAGGAUCAGUUCAGUAUACUGUUGGGGAGCUGAUCCUAGAUCAGUAGCUUAAACACUCAGAUGUUUGAUUGACAUAUGGGCCCAGGUAAUGACAGGAAGGGCCACAGAACCGUGGGAGCAAUGUGUCAUAAAGUGACUAUGUUCAGUUUGAGCGUAUGUCUCCGUUUGAAUAGGUCAUGAGGUUUGUGAAUCAACUUAGUGGGGAAAAAAAAACAAACAAACAAAAAAACCAACCAACAAGCUUGGUUUGAGUCAGUUACAUUAACUGCAUUUUAUAAAAUGUUCAUCAAAAACGAAGCUUUCAAGUACUACAUUUAAUUCUGGUAAUAAAUAAAUAAAUCCCCUGAGUAGAAAUGAAGUGAAAUCAGAGUGAGUCUAAACAGGGUGUGCAGUUCACUUGAAGCUUUUGGAGAAAAGUAGGGAAUUUUUUAGGAGCUUAACGAUGAAAAACAACCGACAGCUGUUACACCGAACGAACGUUCCGCUCUGGGUUAGGAAAUCGGAGUGAACAGAUUUUACACCCCUGUUAAGAAACUUUUUUUUUCUUUUCUUUUCUUUUCUUUUCUUUUUUUUUUUUUUAAAUCGUAUAUCUGUGCUUUGCUAAUGUUGUGUUCUUUGUUAAUGUAUGCUAAGAAUAAA